AUGGAUUGGAAUAAAUCCAAAAGAAGUUCAUUUUCUGUUGGUUCAUUCAAACCAAAUAAUUUUAAUGAAUAUGAUCGUUUUCAAUUAUUACAAAAUUCACCUCAAAAUUCAAUAAUUCAAUCUCAAGGUUUACAAUCUCAAUUACCUGUUCGUUCUGCAUAUUAUGAAACUCAUUGGCCAUUAUUUGCAAGUGAUUGGAGUAGGCAUGGGAAUACAGGUACUGAAACCGUUGCAAUAUCAUCAUAUAGAGAAGAUGCUAUAAAUAAAAUUGAAAUUUUAGAUGGUUCAACAACUUAUGUUGAACAUUCAAAUGGUCAAUCAAUGUCUGAAAGUAUAAAUUUUACCAAAAUUGCAGAGACAAAUAUUAAUUUACCAAUAACAAAUUUACAAUGGGACCCUGCAGGUUCAGAAAAAUUAAUUACAACAAAUGAUCGAUUAAAAUUAUGGGAAGUUGAUAAUUAUAAUAAUCAAUUAAUUGAAAGAUUAAAUUUAAUUAAUGGAGUUCAACAUAAUCAUAAUGGUCAUCCAGGUUUUUCAAAUAAACCUCAAUCAUUACCUCCAUUAACUUCAUUUGAUUGGAAUAAAAUUUCUCCAAAUAUUGUUAUAACAAGUAGUAUUGAUACUACAUGUACAGUUUGGGAUUUAUUACAUCCAAGUUCUCCCAAGACACAAUUAAUUGCACAUGAUUCUGAAGUAUUUGAUGUUGAAUUUAUUCAAAAUUCUUCAGAUAUUUUCGCAAGUGUUGGUAAUGAUGGAUCAAUGAGAGUUUUCGAUUUAAGAUCUUUAGAACAUUCAACAAUUAUUUAUGAACCUCCUUUAAUUUCAUCAAAUUCAAAUACAUCAUCAAGUUCAAGUUCUGCUACAUUAAAUUCUAAUACUUCUUCAUCAGGUAAUAACAAUCAAAUCCCAACAACUCAAGAUCAAAGUAGUACUAAUAGUACAGCAUUAUUAAGAUUAAGUACAUCAAAUGUUGAUCCAAAUGUUAUUGCAACUUUUAGUGCAAAAUCUGAUCAAAUUAUCAUAUUAGAUAUGAGAUAUCCUGGUAUACCCACAAAUAUACUUGCCGGACAUAAUGGUUCAGUAAAUUCUAUAGAAUGGCAUCCAACAAAGCAAGAAUUAUUAUCAGGUGGUGAUGAUUGUCAAGCAUUUAUUUGGGAUUAUACAAAUUCUAAAUCAAAACAAUCAUCAGUUCAACAUUCAAGUAUAAAUAAUAGUACAACUACACCAAUAAAAUCAAAUAAUAGUGGUAAUGUAAUUGAAUAUCCAGAUUUUGCCUAUAAUGAUAAUUUAGAAGUUAAUAAUGUUACUUGGAAUACUGACGGUGAUUGGAUUGGUGUUGUUAGUGGUAAGGGAUUCCAAGGGGUCAAAGUGUAA